CCAAGUUGGAAUACCGGCUUAAAAUGCUCAUCAAAACAACUGCUUUGUUGUUGUUGAAUUAUUUGACUUGAAAGGUUAACAGCAGAACAAUAAAAUAAGUUUUCUAAGUUGAAUUUCGCUUAGAUAAGAUUAUUAAUGAAGACAGCACAUCAGAGAUUGGUCAUGGUUGGCGAUCGUGAUGGACUGAAAGAAUUGUUGAGGCGCAGACUAGUCGAGUGUGGAUGGCGGGAUCAAGUAAAACUGAUCUCAAAGGAAAUAAUAAAAGAGCAUGGCCACGAUAUCUCUUAUGACACGCUAUUGUCCACAGUAACUAGCAGAGCUCGCACGCUUGUGCCAGACUCUGUGAAGAAGGAACUAUUACAAAAGAUAAAGAAUCAACUGUUGGCUCAAGAAGAGAAACUGAAAAUUGUGACAGAUCGUUAGAAAUUUUAUCGUUAUUAAUCAACAAUUUCUCAACGAUA